AUGGGCUUAGGACCUGUAUCGCGCCGAGUUACUUGUUCUGCGAAGCGGCAGCUCAGCGCUGACUGUCAGACGUCUUGUCAGAGCGAAACACAACUUCAGUCUGGCAUCUUUGAUCUCCAGCAGCUCUUCUCGAGUCGCAUCCCCAAAGCCUCGACAAAUGCAAAAACCACGAGGUCAAAACGCUUGACUUUGCUACCAUCGGCGUUGGGAGUAAGGCACAGUUCUUCCGAUGAUUCCUGUGCGCCAACCCUCAAGGAAAGAUUAUGGGGACCACGUGUAAGGAAAAUACCGAGUCAGCUGAAAGCAGACGAUUUGCCGGAGCACGACGAGGAUGGCGACAACAACUCCAUGUUCAAUACGCGGCGACAGCGGGCAGAGCAAGCCGCCCUGGAACCACGACUUCGAUGCACUGAAGUUGAUGAGAAUGGGAAUGCGAUCUUGGUAGAUGGCGAGUUCAAGAAGACUGAGCUUAUUGCUAGGUUUGGACUCCAACCUCGUGAUCUCAGGAAAAUCGAUUCGUCCAACCUUCCGCAUAUCCUUAUUCGAGAGCGAGCGAUCCUCCUGAAUCUUCUCCAUCUCAGGGUUCUUAUCGACCACAACAGAGUACUCCUGUUCGAUGUUUACGGUUCCAGAAGUUCACAUGCACAAUCCUCCUUCAUGUACGAGCUUCAACACAAGUUGAAGCAGAAAGCAACCACGUCUAAUGGUGUCGAGGUACCUUACGAGUUCCGUGCUCUGGAAGUCGUCCUCCAGUCUGUCACUCAGGAGUUAGAGGCCGACUUUGAGACCGUCCGCAAUCCGGUUAUUCGCAUUCUCAGUGAGCUAGAAGAAGACAUUGAUCGGCACAAGUUGCGUAUUCUCUUGGUACUGUCUAAGAGGGUGAGCACAUUCGAGCAGAAGGCAAGACUCGUCAGAGCUGCCAUCGAUGAUCUCCUCGAAGAAGAUGAUGACUUGUCAUCCAUGUAUCUCACCGAAAAGACGCACGAUGUACAUCGAGCUUCUGAUGAUCACACUGAAGUGGAGAUGCUCUUAGAGUCUUACCACAAGUUCUGUGACGAAGUAGUCGAGGAAGCUGGAAACUUGGUGUCCAGUAUUCGAAACACCGAGGAGAUUAUGCGAGCCAUUCUGGACGCAAAUCGAAAUGCCCUUAUGAUUUACGAAAUUAAGCUAAGCGUUGGCACCCUUGGUCUCGCAAUGGGCACCUUUAUUGCCGGUCUGUAUGGCGCCAACCUCGAGAACUUCAUUGAGGAGACCAACUGGGGCUUCGGCACUGUGACUGCCGUCUCUUGUAUGCUGUCUAUCUGGGUUUGCAUCUACGGUCUGAGAAGACUGCGGAGUGUCCAGCGAGUCAAGAUGCAGAGCGACGAGCGACGCAACCUGGAACACGGUUACCAUUGGUUCCAGGAUGAAGGUCACACUGGGUUGCUUGACCCCCGCAGCCGUGAGAAGCUUCGUCGCAUGAACCAGCAGAAGACGGCACAGCUAUCCAAGAAAAAAUGGUGGGAAACAUAA